UAUUAAAAACUAAUGGCUCUAUUAUAACAUCACCUAUAGAAUCUAUACCUUCAAACGACAAAAAUGACGAACCUAAUUUAGAUAAACAUGACGCAAAGGAUGAUGUUAAAGAUUCAAGUAAUAAGAAUUUUAUCACUUUAUAUUUGCAACUUGGAAAGGAUGUCAAAAAAAUAAGACAUGAUGGAGAUAUAAACAUGACUGCACUACAAAUGUUAUUUGUUGAGAAAUUCCAAUAUAAUCCUGGGAUGGAUAACUUUCCCAAGAUUUAUAUAAAGGAUCCACAAGUUGGUGUACUUUAUGAAUUGGAAGAUCUGAGUGAAGUUAAAGAUAAAUCUGUUCUAGCUUUGAAUGCUGCGGAGCAAGUAACAAAGCAUAUAGAUGAAAGUAUCUCCGGGUUAACAAAAGAGAUACAAGAAAUCAAAAAAUCCUGUGCUGAAAAUGCAGAAUUAUUACGUCGUGGAAAUAUUACCACUACUAUGGCUCCUCCCACGCCAAAUUUCAUAACCAACAAACCUUCACAACAACAGUCCAUAUCAUCAACAGAAGAGGUCGACUCAAUUCGUAAAAAGGACGAAAAGUUAGAUAAAUCAAAGGAUAAUUUAGUAAAUAAAAUUGCUAGUGACCUUAAGAAUCAUUUUCAUGAAGUUCAAAAUCUUCGAAGGGAUUUGGGAUCAAUGCGACAGAUCUAUAACGAAUUUCAGGGUGAAACAAAAAAAUUGUUCGAAUCUUUGUCUACUCAAACCGAGUCUGUUAAACAAGUUGCUUUGAAGAAUGCUGGGUCUUCACGUUCAUUCAUUGAUAGUGGCAAAGCAAAAUUGGACUCUCGAUCAACGGAACUACUUAGUAAAGUUGACGAGCUCCAGGACAUUAUAGAUAGGAUGAAAUCAGACGUUGUAAAAAGGGGUGCUAAGCCACCACCCACGGAAAUUCAACAUGUUAAACAAGAAUCAAUGGCUGUUGCUAAAGAGCUUUCUGCUUUGCAAGAAUAUGUAAAAACUGUCAAGCCAACAUGGAAGCAAACAUGGAAGCAAGAGUUGCAAAUGAUUGUUGAUGAACAGCAAUUUUUAAACCAUCAAGAAGAGCUUUUAGAGGAUUUACAAGAAGAUCACAAAAAAUUAACUGAAGUUUUUAAUACUAUUCUUAAAGUAAUUAAAUCCCCUGGUCAAACAAAAGUAUUUGUACCUCCUACAGCGGAAGAAGGUUUUGAGGGUUUAAAAACUGUUCUACAGGAAGUUAGGGGGAUUGCACCUGAUCAUGAGCGGCGAUUAAAAGCUUUACAGGCAGCUGAAAAGCAACGCGAACGUGAUUUGGCCAAUCGUAUUGACGAAUUUGAGGCUGAAUUAACAGAUUUUGUUGCUCAAAAUAAGUUAAAAAAGACUGGUGGUGCACAAGAGGUAGAAAGACUACGUCAAAAGAAAAAUGAAGAAGCAUUAAAAGAGCUUUACAAGACUGAAAAAAAAUGA